CAUAGUGGUUACUUAAAUACUCUUUGAUUUACUCUUUGUCUUUGGCCAGUUCGCGGCGCGGGGCGCCACUCGGCCUCGGCCAGCAGUGAGUGACGGCAUUGCGUUCUUACUUUGUUUGCAUUUGUUUGUAAUUUGUGAUAGUUGCUGCUUGCUACUUUGCUACUCUAAGCACCACGCCGCAGGGUGUGAUACAAAUUGCAAAGAUAACAAUGACUUCUGUUGUAGUAGACGGAUAUACGUUGGGAGAAAAGCAUAAAAGUUACAAUAAAUUAGUAAAUGAAGCAGUCAAAAAUAAUCCAACGCAACAGAUAACUGCAUUAAAUUACGAUGAUCCUGAUUUGGACAACUUAUAUAGAAUUGAUGUGGCCUGUAAUAUUAAAAAUGUUGCAUAUAUUCUUGAAGCUCUCAAAUCGGAGGAUAUGUUGUACGUCUCUCGAGUCAUUAAACAAUCUAAAUGGUUAAUCACCGACCAUCAGUAUUCAUCUAUUAUUAAUCCAGAUUACCUGCACAACAAUCUAUCUCCGCAGAUGACCACUAAAGCUUUUAAUAAACUUAUUCUCCACAUUAGGCUCAAUUUAGAAGACGAAAAUCGUGUUGAAGAAUUUUUCAAUUAUUACAAAGAAAAAGAUUUACAAAAAUCACUUAAGUGGCUACCGCGUUGUUCUAACACUUUUAUUGAAAAUAUCAUUCGAAAGCAUGCUCACGAUAUUAAACCACAAAUAAUGAAUCGUUUAUAUAAAAAAUCUAUAACAUUUCUGGAAAUAUUCUUAAGGAGUUUCGACAACGAUUGCUAUCAUUACAAAGGUGAUUUUAUAAAACCUGCUAUGUUUCUUGUAAAACAGAAUGUUGAAAAGUUUUUGGAUAUUGUAGAAGAAAGUGAUGAAGGCUAUAUGCCAGGAUUCGGACCGAACAGUACAAAAACAGCAAUGGAGAAUUAUUCCGAGAGGAUAAUGAAAAACCUUGAAAGAUAUGUUCACAUACUUCAUAUCCCCACUUUUGCAAAAUUUAUUAGAAAUGAAGAUGCCAAAGAUUUUAUUUUAACUUACAUCAAAAAUCUUAACAUGCGUUACUGGUUUAAUCAUCAAAAUAUAAAAUACUUUCUGAACCGAAUGCCAAAGGAGGAAGUAUUUGAUUUUAUUAAAAAAUAUUUUAUAGAAAAAUCAUAUGAUAAAGAUGAUCUUAACGGCGAGACGUGGUAUAAUAUUGUAGAGCAAUGUAGCCCAUACACAAGAAAUGCGUCAUCUUCAAAAAGUAUUUACAGCUGGUAUAGUUAUGCUCCAUUCAACAGAGCUUUUGAUGAUUUAAUAAGGUUAAUUCGGAAUGAAUCAAAUCCUGCUGAAAGAUUUUUGAUUUUCAGUGUUAUGCUAACAUGUGCAAGUAGUGAUAUGCAAAAUGUCCUUAUGAUAUUAAAGUAUUAUCGUGAACAUCAUAUUAAUGAACCUUUUAAAUUUAAAAUGCAGUUUGUAAAUCUUUUGAUUUCGAAGACCGAUACACAUAAGUAUAGUAAUGAAGCUUGGGGAUACUUAAAUGAACUUUUUAAUAGUAUGGAAUUAUACAUGACAUUUGACCAUAAUUUACAAUCUUGUGUAAGAUGUAUUAUUGUGUAUAAUGUAAUUAAUGGAAAGAAUAUCCCCGAAGUUUUAGAGAAUAAAUUUGUAUUUGAAAAUUUGGAUAAUAAAGUUAAGUUCACUGUGGAAGAAAGAGAAAAGAUAUUCAAUUACUUAUACAAGUAUUUGACUCGAAAAAUUAUGAACGAUUUAAAAACUGAAAAAGAUUUUGAAGAAUCGGUGAACAAUAUCAUAGAGAUUUUGAACCUUCUUAAAAGCUGGAAUAAAGAUCUCAAAGAUUAUCCAUACAUCCUUCAAAAAAUUAAGGAACUCAUUGUUAUAAAGAAAGAAAACUCUUGGAAUCAAGACCUUUCAGGCAUAUACAAUGUAAAAAAAUCUUGGAGGAAACUAUUACUGUCAGAAUCUAUUCUUCUCAAUCCCGCUGAAGAUAGCUGCAUUAAUGCUCUUAAAUACUGUCCGCAGUUGUUAGACAUAUAUAGAGAAGAAAUUAAUACCUUAUUUAUCAAUGACAACAUGUUUUUGGAAAGAUUCCUAUUAAAAAUUCGAAUUUACUGGUACCAACCACUAGCCAAAUCUAUUAAAACAACUUUAUUAAAAAGUCUAAACCAAAAAAGCAGUCACGUUGCAUUGAUAAAAGGAAUCUGUACAUUACUUUCACGAAAAGAAAUUUUUGACUUUAUACAAAAAUACGUGCCGACAGAAUUUAAAAUUGACUGGAGCCAACCUGAUAAUUUAGAGCUCUGUAUUCGGAAAUGCAUAGCCAAAAGCAUGCACAUAGCAAGACCCCAACCUGCACUAACUUUGGCUUUAAUGUACGCUAAAGGAGAUUACUUACAAUAUGUACUGCCAUCUUUAAAUGCAAUACUUUAUAACUCAAGUGCUGCUUAUAUUUGUGUACAUAUACCAACGCUUCUUAACACACCUGUAUCUCUGCAACAACAUGGCAUUCGUGCAGCUUUUUCUAAACUAAAACAUGAGGAACUUAAGUAUACAUUUUCUAAUAUAUGGAAAUCUAACCAAAACAGCACGAUUCGAACUGUUAUCUUUUGUCAGACAUUUAAUAAACUAUGUAAAGAAACCGACGAAUCUGUUAUUUUGGAAACAUGGGACUUAUUGAGUACAUUUAUCGAAAAUUUGACUACUGACGAAAAUAAAAAAAUAUAUUUGACUUUAACCAAAUCUAAUAAAGUGCCACUGUCCGUAAGAGGAGCAUUUUGGAUGAAAAGCUACGAUUUUUUGAAAAAAUUACCAGCUACAGCAAAUUGUAACAGCCUUGUUGAUGAUUUAAAAUCCCAAAUGGAUGAAGUAAUGGAGACUUUAGAUGCUGAUUUUAUGGCAAAAUUUUGUUUCGAAAACUUCGAUCACCAGUUUACUACACAAGACUACGCAUAUACUUAUCAGGUAUCUCUGUAUUUGCUGUCGACAAAAACUGAAACGGCACAAAAUGAGCGCUACGAAAAAAUUUUUAUACCAAUACUGGAAAAGGCUAUUGCAAUGUGGGACAAGCAACACGAAAAUGUUUACUACGCAAGAUUUAAUUUAAAUGCCAUACUUGCUUGUAUGUCUAGAGAAUUUGAAUCAGUCGUCUUGAAAAAAAAUAUGAUGAUUCCCAUCGCUAUGUAUACUGCGGUACUAAAUAAACUUCGAAGUAGUUUACCAGCUGUAGAAAGUUACACCAUUUUAACGAAUGUAAAGUUGUCAUUGGGUUACAUGCAAAUUUUACAUGACAUAAGUACAAACGCAGAAUCUGAUUUUACAGAAAAGAAGGGAAAAAAUCAGGAUGAUAUAUGGACAGAUCUGCAUGCCAAUGCCGCCCCGAUUUUCGGAAGAUUGUGUUUGAAUUACUUAAAGGAAGACGUGAAGAAUCACUUUCCGUCCAUCUACUUUAUCUUUGCAGAAAUUUUGGACAAUAUAUUCAGUCGGUAUAGUAAGUCUGAUCUCCUAUUGAUAAUGUUAAAAGAAUUUCUUGAGAGCAAGGAUUUUAUUGAAGGAUAUUUCCUAGUGAUGAAAUUAAUGCCGACCUAUUUAUACAAGGACAGUGAAAAGGUUUUAAGGCAUGAUCUUCUUGAUAUAAUAAGCCACCAUCCUUCGGAAGAAGUCGCAAUGCAAUAUUGGCUCAUGCGGUGUCUGAUCUAGAUCUGGGAACUAAAAAAACAUACAUACAGCCGAACGUAGAACCUCCUCCUUUUUGGAAGUCGAUUAAUAAAAUAAGAUUGUAGGUACUUGACAGCGCAAAACUUUGAUGGGUUAUUUGUUGGAGAUGUAUUUAUUGUUUAUAAUAUUAUAUUGUUUUAAUAUAGAAAUA